AUGUCGAGCAAAGUCACUGCGGAGAUGAGCGCCCGCCUGUGGGAUGAUUCUAGUGUAGCCGCGGUAUAUAAACCCAAGGCAUUGCGUGUCUCUUGUCGACAGCAAGCUGCUACUCCUCUCCAGCACUUUUCCUGCGCUCUACAAUCUUCAGAGAUGUCAAAGUCGAAUAACUCGCCCAUCGUCGUCGCUCUGCCCGUUCGUCACAACGCUCAGAACGCCCCCUCUGUCGCAUCCGCCGACAGCAAGCAAUCGUCGUCGUCGUUUAAGAAUCUCUUCAAGAGGUCGUCUUCGUCCUCGUCUUCCCGCCCAAGUAGCUCCCAGUCGAGCUCGAGCAAAGUCUCUUCGCUCGUCGUUGUCUCGCCCAGUCAGAAACCAAAGAAGCCACGAUCUGGUGGUCCAAUGAGUGGUGUCCAGAUGAACUUUAUUGCAUAG